AAUUUUACUCACUGCGACGGAGUACCAUAAAACCAGGGUGUCUACGUUAUUCUUUUUACAGAAUAAAAUUAAGCUUGGUAGCUAAUUCAUUUGGCAUGUAUUUAUUACCAAUAGAAGAAACAGGUAGUGUUGCCAUUGUAAAACAUACUGUUUUCAAUUUUGGGGUUUAUUAUGGCAAGAAAAUUGUUAUGGAGCGCGAAAUUUCAAUAACAAAUUUUAAUAAUGUUGAAUAAGCUUUAUGUUUUUGAAAUUUAAUGUGAUAUUAACAUUAUAUCUGGAAAUUAAAAUUGAUUCAACACAGUUUAAUUAAUCGAACUCUUAAUAAAACGAAAGAUGUGUUUGUUAAUUGACAAAAAUGUUUUCGUUCGAUGGAGUAAAGUUGAAAAUGUCCUUGACAAAAAAUCAAUACGCGCGAUCCAAUGUUAACUCCAUCAAGACUGAUGUCAUCUACCCAGUAAACUUUACACACUUUACAGUAUUUUUCAAUCUCCGACUUAGUUGUGAAAUAUUUUUUCCUCAUAGUAGUUUUACUCUAUCUCUCUUUAUAUUUCACAAAAAUCAUAAAAUGUCACUGAAAGCUUACGAAGACGCCUGCUUAAGAGCGGAGCUGUUCGGUCAGCCUUUACCGGACAAAGAUGAAUUUAUCAGGAAAAAUAAACAUUUAGAUAUUGUUGAAUUCGAAGAAGUGGAAAUAAAAACUGCUGAGAAUACGGCUAUGCUUCAUGAUCAAAUGAAGGAAGGCACGACUGGUCUCACGGAACUCAACACUAUCCUAGAUUCAACUCAAACGAAAAUAAAUCGACUAAAAGGCGUUUGCGGUAGCAUCACGAAUUUCUUCCGAGUCAAAUUGAAUUCCAAAGAUAAUAUUUCGUAUUCUAGCGACCCCAGUUACGUAGGUCAAACGAAUUUCCAAAGAGACUACGUGCCGGUUUCGAACCGAAUCGACUCUGUGAACGCAGGGCUUGGCCCCGACGAUACAGAAAUGUCAGGAAGCGCGCGAAAUGAAAAACAUGGCGGUCAACAAAAUGGCGGCGACAUCAAUACGGCUCUGAAACAUUUAGAUGAGAUGCAGCAAGCCGAUAAGAAUGUCAGCAAAGCGAUGAUUUGUGAUAUUAGUAAACAAGUUGAUACACAAAUGAGUAAAUUAGAUCAGAUGAUUUGCCAAGCGGAUCGCGCUCAGAAUUCCUUGCAGCGACAAAAUAAGCAGUUGAGGUCUUUCUUGCGAUAGUAGUAAAGACUGUUCCUGUUUAUGUGCUCAAAAUUUAUUGUUAAAAUUAAUGUUAUGGUUAUUGGCUUUUCGUAAUCCCCAUAGUUAAUAAAGCUACUGUGCGUAAUCACUUACGUGGGUUAUAUGAGUCGUCUAUUAUCAAAGGUGGCAAUCUGUGCAUUUGGACAAAAAAAUGUUAUUGAUAUGUCAAUACAGAUUGAUUUGAAUAUAAUCGUCUCCUUCAAAGAAUACGGUACAACACCUGCAUUAAAUAAAGGUUAAUAGUUAACCUGUUAUUUAUCUAAGAUGUCGUUCCGAAGAGUUUUGUGACUGCCAAUGGAAUACAAAGUCAAUAAUUCGUUUUUCUGAUUUACCAAUAAUUGUCCAAAAGUCACGUUGCCGGCUUUGAUAAUAGUCGACUCAUAUGUAGGUUUGGAUAUGAAUUUUUUUGGUGAAAUGAUAAAUUUGGAUCUUUUCAUAUUUGCCUAAAAUUAUACAUAGGUAAUACGACAUCCCAGACAUUAAUAUAACAAGGAUGAUGGGUUGCAUUGAAAUUAUAAAAUAAUUAGUAAAGCGUCUGCAUUGAGUAGCAACAAUGAUAUUUUUUAGCCACAAAAAAAGGUUAAAUAUCAAUUUAAUUUAAAUUUUAAAUGUAAUUUAUGCGUGAUAACUUUUUUUUGUGGUUAACAAAAAAAUGACAUUACUGUUAGUGUGAAAAGAAUGAUAUAAAUUUUAUAUAUGUAUGCAAUUACUCUGGAUGUUUUCGUGGUUUUGUUUACUGAUUGGCUUCAUUCGUAAUAAAAUUACGAACUGAAUUUAAAAUUGCAUAGAAAAUUCAAUAAAAUCUCGUUUUGGAAAUUACAUUUCUUGGUGCUAUAAAAUUAUGUAUUAUAUUAAGCCAUUGUUUUGUUUAUUUUCAUUGCUUAGGUGGGUGAACGGGUUCACGAACCUUUCGGUUUUAAGUGGUUACCGGAGCUCAUAGAUAACCUAACUUAAAUGCCGCCACUUUGAGACGCAAGCUCUGAGUCGUACCUUUCAAACCCGAACGUAUGACUUCUUUAUCUAAAUUUGUAUAGAGCUACAACGUUUGCCGCUAGGGGCGCUGUUCCAACUGCAUACAAAUUAGAGUUAACUUUUACGUUAUCGAGAACGUUAAAAAAAAACUCGCACUGAGCACUCUGACGUAAAGGAGUAAUGCGUUCGGGUGGUGUGACACAGACGUGGACAGAGCGGUGGUGUCUACAUAUGCGGGAGCAAAAGUCUCUCUACCACCAAUUUCCGCGUGUGCGUAUUACGUAGUUUGUUAGUUGAAAGAAAAAUCGGACAUUCUGUUAUCUAUAUACCGUGUGUACUCGUGAAAAAGCAAUCUUCUAUCCGAGUCUGUAAUGAAUAUACAUAUUAUUAUUAUUUUAUGAACAUUUAGUUCAAUAAUUAAAAUAUGGUUUCAAAAAAAAAACACGCUGGUACAGUAAGCUUAACUAUUUUUUUUAUCUAUCCCUAAAAUAUUAACCUAAUGACCAAGGUAUUAUUAGGUCGAUAAUAUUAUAAUAAAAUUAUUAUCGGUCAUCCGAUUUCGAUAGUUGGGUAAAGUUUCAACUUGUACGCUCGUCUUGAAGGUGCUGAAAAUUACGUUGAAUGAUUUCGUUAUAUAGAUAGAUAUAUGCAGGUCGAAUAAUAAAAAAAAAUACGCGAUUAAAAGUCACAAAACAAAUCUUCCAAACUCAUAAAAACAAAACGAACGUUAAAACGCUUCAGAACGCCUGUUUAUUUUUAAAUCGUGAUCUGCAAAUGCGUCGCGAUACGCAAUAAAAAUGAAAUGUAUGAAAAGAACAAACGGAAAUAAAGCUGUGAAUAUU